CAUAUAAAGCGCUUCCCAAUGCCGGAGGAAACAGUGAAUCACAGAGGGAGAGUCGAGCACCACACUCUCAUCUCUCUCACUGAGCUCUUCAACCACCAACUGCUCACUCAACCCCAUCUCUUAUUUUUGCGCUUUUGACCUUACUUUUCAUUCAGAAACGAAAGAAAAACUAUUGGUCGCCUCUGCGCCCGAGAAACAAAGUUUGAGACAAAGAGAAGCUGAAGUUUUGACAGCGCACAUGGCGGCUCUGAUUAGCGCGUACUCGUCCUGGCCGGAGAGCUUUGAGUGCUCUGCGGGAAACGCGGACGUACCUGACGGACACACCUCUCACAGAGCUCCCGCGGACAAGGUGUCGGAGCCGCGCAUCAGGAGACCCAUGAACGCCUUCAUGGUGUGGGCCAAAGAUGAGCGCAAGAGACUCGCAGUGCAGAACCCAGACCUACACAAUGCGGAGCUCAGCAAGAUGCUAGGAAAGUCAUGGAAAGCUUUAACUCCUCCGCAAAAGAGGCCGUAUGUGGAGGAAGCCGAGCGUCUGCGGGUACAGCACAUGCAGGACUACCCCAAUUAUAAAUACCGUCCCCGCAGGAAGAAGCAGCUAAAGCGCAUCUGCAAACGUGUGGACCCGGGCUUCCUCCUGACCACCCUCGGCCCCGACCAAAACUCCCUUCCGGAUCCCAGAGGCUGCUGUCACCCGCUUGAUAAAGAUGACGAGACUGGCGUGAGUGGUGGUUUCGGCUCUCCCGGCGCUGCUUUACCUGGCGUCAGGGUCUUCAGAGAUCCUGCGAGCUCUAACAGCAGCUUCGAUACGUACCCGUACGGCUUGCCCACUCCACCUGAGAUGUCCCCUCUGGACGCAGUGGAUCAUGAACACCAGUCCUACUACUCAUCCUCCAGUUCAGUCUCCACCAGCUCCUGCUCGUCCUCAAACUCUUGCCCAGAAGACAGACGUCCCACACCGGCGCACAUGAGCAGUCCACCCCCUUACCAUCCCGAUUACUCCCAGCAGGCAGCUCUGCACUCACAUUUGGGCCACAUCCCGAUGUCCCACCAGGCAAGUGGGGCGACUCUUAUUGCUGGCCCUCCGCUGUCAUAUUAUAGCCCUUCAUUCCCCCAGGUUCAUAUCCAUCACCAGGGGCACCUGGGGCAGCUUUCACCUCCUCCAGAACAGGGGCACCUGGAGGGUCUGGACCAGCUGAGCCAGGCUGAAUUGCUGGGUGAAGUGGACCGAGAUGAGUUCGACCAGUACCUAAAUUCCACUAGUUAUCACCCUGAGCAGGGUGGGAUGACAGUGACGGGACACAUCCAGGUAACGCCGGCUUCCGUUUGCUCCAGCAGCGCUACAGAAACAAGUCUUAUUUCUGUACUGGCCGAUGCCACGGCAGCCUACUACAACAACUACAGCAUUUCAUAAACACCAAAACAGAGACAAUUGUCACAGACAGAGACUGUGGGCUCAUCAUGGGUCAGCAAUAUGACUGGCAGGUGAAAGAGGGGGUUGUGUAGCAAGCGGAAAAAAGAAGCUACAGGAAGUCAAAGGACACCUCAGGGAUGCAUAGAUAAAAAAAAAAACUGAAGUUCAUUCCCAUCUUUGUUUCCAAAAGGAGAACGGAAGUUAAAGACUGAAAAAAAAAACGGACAAACAUAGAAAUGCUCUCAUAUCUCGCCACAAAAGCAUGUACAUAUGCUAUAAAGCUUAUUUAUAUAUCAAAUUGCUUUGCAUUAAAGCUUAUUGUAUUGCUUUGUUUUCCAGUCCAGAUAUAUUCAGUUGUUGAUGUUUUUAAAAACCUCAAUUGUUUUACCUCAAGAAUUAUUUAAGUGAGGCUGGUCUCUUCCUUUGUAGGACAUGAUUUCGAAGGACAACCUUUUGUUUUCCCUUUACAUUCAUUUCAACAAAAUUAUGUGUAUACUCAUAAACAUUUACAAGAACAAUAAUAAUAAAUACUAUUGUAUGCCAGAUUUAGGUUUGCCAUAUUAAUUUAAUUCUAAUAAAAUUUUUGAGUUGA